AUGAGACUGGGCUGCCUGCUCGCGCUGGCCCGCGCCCGCGCCGACUGCGCCUCGCCGUCGCUCGUCGCCUUCGCGUCGUCCCGCGCAACGCGCGCGGAGACGCGCGUCUUCGAGGCCGAGCAGGCCGUGGUGACGCGCGGCGCCUGCGUGACGCGCCGGGGCCGGCGCGAGGCCUGGUUCGCCCUCGGCGACGACGGCUCGACGGGCGCGCUGCGCGACAAGUACUGCGGCGGCGGCGGCGGUCCGCGCGCGACGCUGGCCCACAACGGCACGCGCGGGUCCGCCGUCGGCGGCGUCCGAGACCUCUCGUUCAAGGCCGUGCGCCCCUACGCGGCCGCGACGGCCGAGGGCGCGCAGCGCUGGCGGCUCUACAAGCGCUGCGCGCCGCUGCGGCGCGGCCGGCCGCCGGC